AUGUCUUCAUUCACUUUCUUGUUAUUCUGCGCUGUAGCCUGCUUUAUUCAGAAUACAUACGGCCAGUAUUUAGGUGCCGCACCUGGUUUAGGAUAUGCGCCCGCUCUAGCAGUUGAAGCCGAGCUCCCCUGUGGUUCUGGUCUAGCCGCAGAAGUAGCUUACGGUCCAGGCCUAGCCCCCGGUCUUCUUGGCCCUGGACCCUACGGUUACGGCCUGGCUGGCCCGGCUGCAUUUGCGGGUCCGGUGCCAUACGGUCCAGCCGCUGGGUACGGCGUGGGACCUGCGUACGGCGGCGCCGGUGUAGGUGAUGUGGCCGUCGCCGGGGAGAUGCCGGUCGCUGGCACCACUGUAGUAGCGGGGCAGGUGCCUAUCCUUGGUGCCGUGCAGUUCGCUGGUGAAAUUCCAGCUGGAGGCGUUGUAUCUAUAGCUGGAAGAUGCGGUUGCGGAUGCGGUGGACCCUAUAUGUAUUAG